AGGCGUGACCUAGCCGUGACCCCGCCAUGAAAGCAACGGUCAUAAAAAGCAAGUCGUUUUUCCUUUGUCUUACUGCCACUACCUUCGUCUUCCUGACCAAACUGAGCAUCUUCACCAGCAGCCCAGUCCAGCCAAGCACAGGGUCAGUCACGACUAAUAGUGAAUUGACCAGCGUGACCUUUGACCCGGGAAAAAUCAAAGGGGGAGACGAAGAAAGCAACCCGAGGAAAAGGGUAUCUGGCAACCCUCUAAGAUACACAGGGAGACCCCAAACUCAAAAGGUUUUGUCGCAGCGAAAUGCAACCCAGAGAUUGGAUAUGCGGCGGUUCUCCACUCCAGCGACGAAGGAGAGAACGAUUGAGAAAGAGCACAAGAAGAAGAAAGGGGCGAAGGGUAAGAAGAAGACUCAAGAGGAGAGAAAAGCGAAGAGGAGACUGUCCACGCUCACCCUCUCCAACGGCGCCGCCCUUCGCAACAUAGACUUUACGAACUACAGCCCGGAGGACCGCGCCAUCCUGGAGGACCGCGUGGGCGUGUUGACUGAUCGCGCCCGCACGGUGGCUCGGGGCGUGCCAGGAGACGCCACUCUGAUGGGCGCGCCGCGGGAAGGAAUUUCAUCUGGGAUCUCAAGCAUCAGCCCAGCAUUGUGUGGUGUCCGAUCUACAAGGGUCGCUCCACACCGCCUCUAG